AGUAUUUUCAAUAAAUUGUUGCUGUUAACUUCGUCAAUAUUUUUAAUUUAUAAAAAUGACAAAAGCAAUGUUGAUUGUUUUAUUUUUUACCAGUUUGGUAAUUUAUACUUCUGCUGGUCCAGUACCAAAAGAAUUUGAAGAUGUUGCACCGGAAAUUAGAAAAAUUUGUUUAGCUGAAAGUGGAACAACUAAUGAAAUGGUAAAUGAAGUUGGACUUGGAAAAUUUACUGAAGAUGAUAAAUUAAAAUGUUAUUUACGUUGUCUUUUCGAUCAAUUUCGUUUGAUGACUCCAAAAGGUUUGAACUUUAAAGGUUUCUUAGCGUUAUCUCCACCAAAUAUGAAAGAAAAAGCAGUAGUAAUGGUUGAAAAGUGCAAAGAAACAACUGGUAAAGAUCUUUGUGAAUUAUCUUUCAAUCUUCACAAAUGUUUCUACGAAGCUUUUCCUGAUGUAAGUUCACAAAAUUAA